GCGUAAUUAAAAAGCGGCGGAAGAAGGUGGGAGGGUCAUGACGCAGCGAGUUUCAGUCGUGACUUUUUCAGGGGCAUCUUGGCGUCCCCUUUUUUCCCUUUAAAGUAAAACGUCUCCCUAACGCAUCCCCCAGCACACUUUGGGGGUCGGAGGCGGCGGGCCGUGAGGGUGGGAGGGGCGGCACUGACGUGGGCCGAGGGGGGCCAGCGGCUGCGGGGCGGUCACGUGGGCGUGUUGUGGGGGGAAGGGCGCCGUCGCGCGGUCGGUUCCGGGCGGUUGAGAGCGCGCGAGCGAGCGAGAGGCAGCCGCGCCCGCCGCCGCCCCUCUCUGUAUGCCGCUCUCCCCAGGCGCGGCUGCCGCGGAUCGCAACAGCAGGAGCCGCCGCCGCCGCCGCGGUUGAUGUGGUUGAGCCGGGGCUGAGGAGGCCGCCAAGAUGCCGCAGUCCAAGUCCCGGAAGAUCGCGAUCCUGGGCUACCGGUCUGUGGGGAAAUCCUCACUGACGAUUCAAUUUGUUGAAGGCCAAUUUGUUGACUCCUAUGAUCCAACCAUAGAAAACACUUUCACAAAGUUGAUCACAGUAAAUGGACAAGAAUAUCAUCUUCAGCUUGUAGACACAGCUGGGCAAGAUGAAUAUUCCAUCUUUCCUCAGACAUACUCCAUAGAUAUUAAUGGUUAUAUUCUUGUGUAUUCUGUUACAUCAAUCAAAAGUUUUGAAGUGAUUAAAGUUAUCCAUGGCAAAUUGCUGGAUAUGGUGGGGAAAGUGCAAAUACCUAUUAUGUUGGUUGGGAAUAAGAAAGACCUGCAUAUGGAAAGGGUGAUCAGUUAUGAAGAAGGGAAAGCUUUGGCAGAAUCUUGGAACGCAGCUUUUUUGGAAUCUUCUGCUAAGGAAAAUCAGACUGCUGUUGAUGUUUUUAGAAGGAUAAUUUUGGAGGCAGAAAAAAUUGAUGGGGCAGCUUCACAAGGAAAGUCUUCAUGCUCAGUGAUGUAAUUCUAUUGCGGAACCUGAGGACACUGGGAAUACACUCUACCUGAAGCAGCAGACUGCCCGUCAUCCUUUAAGAUAAACUAUGCUACUUUUCUCUUCUGUUAACCUGAAAGAUAUCAUUUGGGUCAGAGCUUCCUACCCUUUCCCCUUUCAGAUUAUGUUAAACUCUGACUCUGUCCAAAUGAGUUCACUUCCAUUUUCAAAUUUUAAGCAAUCAUAUUUUCAAUUUAUAUAUUGUAUUUCUUAAUAUUAUGACCAAGAAUUUUAUUGACAUUAAUUUUUCAGCGUAGUUUGUUGUUUAAAAUAAUGUAAUCAUCAAAAUGAUACAUUGUUACACUACUAUUUACUAGGCUUCAAUAUAUCAGUGUUUAUUUCAUUGUGUUAAAUGUAUACUUGUAAAUAAAAUAGCUGCAAACCU